UUAGACAAAUUAUUUAUCUCUCGUAACACUUAAUAGUUGAUUUUCAUAAUUCGUGUCACAACUAGUUUGCGAAUUCGUGCUUUUUUACUCAGAUUAUAUCUGUCUUUUUGGACAAAGUUCGUAAACCCAUUUUAAUGUUAUAAGCUCAUAAUAUAUGUAUACAAACCUUCAACAUUUUUUUCUUAUGUGUCAAUCGUUAGUAUCAGGUAUUUAAACAUUGCAAAAUAAGUACCAACUGGAUCGAGAUGUUGAACAGCUUAGCAAAUUAUUUACUUAGAAGUAGUGUUUCUGACAAUUCAGAGCCCAGGGACGAUAUAAAUGUUGAAAACAUUGAUAACUACAUCGCACAAACCAGGCUAAAACAAAUUGAAGUUGAAGAAAAUGAUUGGAUUCUCAUUGACCGAACAGUUGAGGGUGCAACUUCUAUGGAUGAAUCGUGGUAUGUCACCCCACCUGCCUGCUUUACUCGAGCAAGUCCCGUUCAUGUCGAAACGUCACCGCUGGAAGACCUACUCAUAGAGCAUCCCAGCAUGUCCGUUUACCGAACUGCUAAGCACCCUAUUGUACCUGACACCUCUCUUCUUUCGCCCAUUGCCUUUGAGGAGAUUGGCGAAUCUACUAUUCACGUUUCCGCUUCUAACUUACCCUGUGUUUUUGCACAACCAUCCCAUAAGCAAAGAGGAAACGUGAGCAAUGUAGUAAACCCCCCUCGCAAGCGAGAAUACAGAAUGACCAACAAUGACAAAAACAUUGAAAUUGUCCAGCUUCGAUCAGCUCAAAAGAUUCGAGAGAAACGCGCCACUCAGACAUCGAAGAGGAACCGUCUCGAACGAGGGAAUAAAGUAAGAGAAUUCUCUAGUGUAAAGGGUAAGCAGCCAAGGCGCCAAGAUCGGCUGCGCCUUAGGAACAGUGGGGCUAACAAUGAUCGGAAAUGCUAGUCAUUUAAAAUUUAAGCAGGAAGCGAAUGCCUUGAUUUUUCAUUUAGGUGUUAUUUUAUGAAAUGCAGUGAAGUAUAUUGUCUGAAAGAGUUAUUAUAAAUUCUAAAGUUUACUUAAGGUGCAUGAAGUAUAAUAAGGAUAUCAGAUUAAAAAUUAGGCUUAGCAGAAAACCGAUUAAAUGCAAUGUCAAUAUAUGCUAAUUUCAACAAACUUAGAAAGAGUCCACAGUACUUGCCAUAAUUGUCAGUCGGCAGAAGAAAAUCGCAUAAAAAUAUGCAUCAUUUUUCAUCUUUCAUUUAACUUAAAAAGACCUUUAAAGAAGGUAUGAGAUCUUAAAAAAAGAUAAUUUUAUAAUUUUUUCCUUUUUGAGACACUAGGUCUUUCAGAAAAUUGAAACAUACCAUUAAAUGGUAUUAUAAUUUCUUAACGAAAUGAAAAUUCGUGCGAAUUUUAGAAGAUACUGUGUUUAUAUUUAACAAACCGGUGAAAUUAUUGCUAAUUUUAAAAUUUAUCCUAUUUUGGAAUGCUAAUUUCUCAUGAGGUAAAUUCUAAAACAUCUAUGAUUUAUAUGUACACAGAGAAACCUUUGGGACUUAAAAAAAAGGUUAGUCCACUGACUUUUGACUGAAAGUCAUUGCAACCGUAUUUUUAUUCAAUCUGAUUUUAAUAUAUGUGAAACUCGAUGAUUUUCUGAGUUCUUUAACCAUAAUAUUACGGUACAAAUUUUAUUUCCUUUAAUAAUAUUAAUUAUCAAAAAUAGACCUCCAAAAAAAUCUGGGAUUUAGCAAAUAUUUUUUCAAGAAUACAAUCAGAGUGGCUACAUGUCAGUAAAGUUAGGAAGAUGACAGGAAAAACAUUUUUUGUCAGGGAAAUUGAGAUAUGAUGACUUUUUCGACUUUUUUCGACUUAUUUUCAAAAAUUGCUAUGGGUACUCUUUAAUAUAAAAAGCAACUUAUUUCGAUUUUUAUAUUUGCAAAAUAUAACUACAGACAAAUCAUUUAAAAAUUAUUUUUGAAUAAUUUUUUAAAAAUAAUUACAUUUUUAAUAUAUACCUAUAA